AUGUUGGUCGGGGCGCGGUUCGCGGUUCAGCCCUCCCCCGAUGCUGUCGCUGCCACCGCCGCAUGUGUGCGGCAAUCCGCGCAAAGCGCCGCCUCCCCCGCCUCCGCGUCCGCCUUCCGCCUCUCGUUCGCGCGCGGUGUGCGCACUCGCCCGAAACUGCGCGUCGUACUGACAGCAGAGGUGGAAGGGCUUGGAUACGCGGGCGAUCAAGUGAACGUGCCAGCUGGCUUCGCGCGCAACAAGCUCAUUCCCCAGAAGGCCGCCCUGCCCGCCAUCCCCAAGUUCCUGCGCCAGGUGCGCCUGGCCAUGGAGGCGCAGGGGGGGGCGGGGGGACAGGCGCAGGGGGGGGCGCGGGGGGAGGCGCAGGUGGAGGCGCGAGGGGAGGCGCGGGGGGAGGCGGGGGUGAAAGCGGAGGGGGAUGGGGGGAGAGGGGGCGAGGAGGGGAGUGAGGUGGUUACGAUGGAAGAGAGGGUGAAGCAGGCGGAGGAGAUUGCAAGACGACUCGACAGCCAACGACUGUCGAUCCGAGCCGUCACACCCAAGAGAUCCUCCGAGCUGCGGCAACCAAUCACGCAGCGCCACAUCAUCAGCGAGGUGCUGCGUCAGUUCGGCAUCCAGCUAUCCGAAGCAAACGUGCCUCUGCCCGCGCCUCUCUCGUCCAUCGGGGAUUUCGAAGUGCCGCUGAGGUUCCCGCGCUCUGUUCCACUGCCGGGGGAGAGAGAGCAGGUUCAGCUCGAUGUGCGUGUGAGGAGAUGUUGA